UUCAUUUGUGUUUAACACUUCACACAGACGUCGGUCCGGCUCUCGCUCUCCCGUGUCAACAACAGUGUUACUGACAAACUUUUAUAUCUGUUCUCUCGGCCGAAGACUUGCGCGGAUGCUUAGUUAUCUCCUCGUUCGUCCUUAUACAGCGCAGGUUCAUUACAACACUACGUGUAACCCACCACGGGCGGCGGCUGCGUUAUGGGCAACAAGGCGAUGACUUUCACCGAAUCGCAGCUCGAAGAUUAUCAGGACUGCACUUUUUUUACCAGGAAGGAAAUACUUAGAGUGUACAAAAGGUAUAGAGCGAUUUGUCCAGAAGUAGUGCCAAAGAAAAUGACCGGAGAUGAACCGGUGAAAAUCAGAGUGCCACAAGAACGAAUCGAACAGUUGCCAGAACUCAAGGAAAACCCUUUUAAACAACGCAUAUGCCAGGUAUUCUCGAAAGAAGGUAAUGGAUCGUUGAGUUUCGAAGAUUUUUUAGAUUUAUUGUCGGUGUUUAGCGAACAGGCGCCUAGACAAAUCAAAGUGUACUAUGCUUUUAAGAUUUAUGAUUUCGAUGACGACCAUCACAUUGGACCUGCUGACCUUGAACAAGUGCUAAAGCUAUUGACGCGCAGCCAACUGUCAGCUGAAGAGAUCGUUCAGGUAUGCGAAAAAGUCAUUGAAGAAGCAGACGUAGACGGCGACGGAAAACUGUCUUUCAUGGAAUUCGAACACGUUAUACUCAGGGCACCGGAUUUUUUGGGCACUUUUCAUAUUAGAGUGUAGGCAAAUGCCACAUAGUAAUGUCAAUUUAUUAAAAACCACUUAAAAAAC